AUGAAGCUUUUCGUCACUCUCUUGCUGUUCACCUUUUCUGCAUGCUAUGCUGCUUCCAUCCGUGGAUACAUCAAGGACAAGGAGUUUUCAAAGCUCCGUGCUAAAGAUCGACUUGUGGACAGCUUCCAGCCAAAACUGCAGAACCUCUGCACUUCUGGCAACACAUUUAGGCUCGGAGAUGACUGCGAAGUUUCGUUUGCUUUGAAAGACCUCGAGCCUACCUCCGGCAAGCACGUCUUCAAGAGUCACGCUUGUGGAGAUGAGGACACCAUCAUUGUUACGAUGAAUCUGGACGACAAGAUGCCAUCGCAUGCAGCCCGACUAAACCAAGGUAGCAUGCAGUGGACAGAACUAAUUGCCAUGCCGCAUUUGGAAGAACAUGGAUGUAUUUAUACGACCAUUGCGAACAUUGAUGUUGAUCCGGAAAAGAAAACCAAGCGUCGUUUUCGUGGUGAUGCAAAGAAGCGAUCCCAUGGACAGAGAAAACUAAACUCGACUUCGACCAUCGACGCAGAUAUUACGCCUAUGCAGCAUGCUGAUAGACAACUUCAACAAGCUUGUUCUGAGUACAAGGUGAUUCGGUUGGCUGUCCGGUAUGACAGCCGCUUUUGCGCUGAGGUCGGCAAUGGAACGCCUGAAGGAGCAGUGGCAUUUGGCAAUACGAUCAUCGAACUGAUGAAUCCUUUCUUCAAUGUCGCACCGCUGUGCAUGAAAGUUGAACUUUGUAGCAUUGAAGGGUCCUGUUCGGCGAACGCUGAUCCAUACCGCAAUAUGCUUGAUAACGGCAAUACAGUUUGUGACGACAACGACAGCACUGCUUUGCUUGACAAUUUCAGAGGUCUAUUCAACCCAAGGCCACCUCAAGGCUGUGAUAGCACGCACUUGUUUUUUGGAGGAGACCCGUAUCCAACGGAUGCUGCUGGGUGCGCUUAUCUAGCCGCUCUCUGUGAUGACUAUUCUGUUGGUGUCAAUAGUAUUUCUAAUGGAUUUCCAUUAAUCGAACACGUCUUGCUUGUCACUCACGAAUUGGGGCACAGUUUGGGUGCAGAGCACGUCUUAGGGGAAGAUCAAUACAUCAUGAGCUAUGGAGACCGACCGGAUAGUUUCAAGCAAGAAAAUAUCAACCGAAUGACAAGCUAUGUCGAUGAAGUGAAGGCUCAGGAUUCCACUUGUACAGCACGGGAAACGGCAGGCCCCCCAACAGUAGCUCCUACAUCCGCCCCAUGUGCUGGCUCCGAAUUUCGUUUGGUCUUGCAGACAGAUGAAUAUGGGGAAGAGACAAGCUGGGAUGUGACUGGGUCCAAUGGCGUCACUAUUGCUCAAGGAAAUGGUUAUGGAUCAAACUCGAAGUUUGAGAUUGAUGAUUGUCUACCUAGCGGAACUGACUAUACUUUUACCAUUCGCGACACAUAUGAUGAUGGCAUCUGCUGCGAGUAUGGAGCUGGAAACUACGAACUCUACGUUGAUGGGUCUCUGGUGUAUUCGUCGAAUGGUCAAUUUGAGGGCGAGGAAGUGGUACCACUUCCGGGAGGGAACAAUAACAGCCCUCCAACUCCAGCACCAACUCCCAAUCCUACACCGGUGCCAACAAAUGCGCCAACUCCUGGACCAACUCCCAAUCCUACUCCUGCCCCGAUUCCGAAUUCCACUCCUCCGCCAACCCCCAAUCCUACGCCGGGCCCAUCUCCUGGGCCAACUCCAGCGCCGACCGACGAGUGGGGCGAGGAGUUGAGCUGGCAGGUGGAAGAUCCCAGUGGGAACGUUGUCGUCCAAGGAGACAACUAUCCAUCUGGUGAGAACUUUAUCGAGGUAACCGAAUGUUUGCAGAGCGAUGGUGUGCACAUUUUCAGGAUCAUGGACAGCUAUGGUGAUGGCAUGUGUUGUGGAGGAUAUUACAAGAUAUGGUACGAUGGGAAUGUUGUGAUUCAUCGUGGUGCUUCAGGGUACGGCAAUGGAGAAUCAGUGACUGUUCCAGGUGGCCAGGUGAACGAGGCACCAUCCGGGAGUCCCAACCAAGCACCCGUCGCUAGCCCCACAGUUGGAUCGUGCAACCACGAGUUUCGAUUGCAGCUUCAAACCGACGAGUGGGGCGAGGAGGUGAGCUGGGAGGUGGAAGAUCCGAAUGGCAAUAUUGUAGUUCAAGGAGGCAACUAUCCAUCUGGCGAAAUCAUUGUCGACACCACGGAAUGCUUGAGCAGCGACGGAGUUCACACUUUCAAAAUCAUGGACUCUUACGGUGAUGGAAUGCUUGGUGACGCUUAUUACAAGUUGUGGUACGAUGGUAACGUUGUGAUCUUUCACGAUGGACAGUAUGGUUAUGGUGAAUCUGUUGAUGUUCCAGGUGGCAAUGUAUUCUAA